AUGCUCCGAAUCAAGCAAGAGUCUUCUUUUUCUACUCAGCAGCCAGAGCAACAAUACGUACCAUUGAAAAAAGUGAGUGUCGAAGCCUACAUUAAAUCGUUUGCUGCCGAUGUGACUGUCAAACAAAUUUUUCGCAAUGAUGAAACAAAACCAAUUGAAGCCGUUUACUGUUUCCCAAUAGAGGAACAAGCAGCAAUCUACUCAUUUGUUGCUCGGAUUGAUGAUCGAGAAAUUAUUGCACAAUUGAAAGAAAAAAAGGAAGCACAACGAGAAUACAAUGAUGCUCUUCAACAAGGUCAUGGAGCAUAUUUACUCGAACAAGAUGAAAAAUCACAAGAUAAUUUUAUAAUCAACGUCGGUGCACUACCACCCGGUAAAGAAUGUCACAUCCAUAUAUCGUACGUCUCCGAACUGGAUUUAGUUCAAAAUGGAAGCCAGAUUCGUUUUGUUAUUCCAACAACUAUCGCACCUCGCUACAAUCCAAAUAAAGGUGGUAUCAGUUCACCGUUCGGUACUACGUCCAAAUAUGUUCAAACAGCUCCAUACACAAUUGAAUUUCAUUGUCGAGUAGAGAAAGCCAACGUCUCUCGAAUCAGCUCGAUGUCUCAUCCAAUUCAGGUUGAAGUCGGCCAAGAGAAUGUCUAUGUCAUCGCAUUUGCUCAACAAAACACCCAUCUCGAUCGAGAUAUCUUAAUAGAUAUAGAGUUAGCUGGUAACCGUUCAAAUACCAUUUCCGCUGUAGAACCUGGCGCUGUUAUGGCUUCAUUUAUACCAACUGAAGAAGAUUGCCAACGUGUAAUGAACAAUGUAGAGAUGACCAAUGAAUUUAUAUUUGUUGUCGACUGUAGUGGAUCGAUGGAAGAUGAGAACAAGAUCGGAUUGGCACGGGAAGCUAUGUUACUCUUUCUCAAGAGUCUGCCAGUAGAUUGCCAUUUUAAUAUCAUACGAUUUGGAUCAAAUCAUGUGGCAUUAUUCAAAGAGAUCACUUCUAUUUACAACGAACAGAAUGCUCAAAAAGCUGAACAACUUACCAAACAUUUACGAGCUGAUUUGGGCGGUACUGAAUUAUUAGGUCCACUUCAAUGGUUAGAACAACAUCCUCCAGGACAAGGUCGUGCACGACAAAUAUUUCUCUUGACUGAUGGAGAAAUUUCAAACGUCAACGAAGUACUCGAUUUGUGUCGUUCGAUGGCUACUUCAACACGAAUCUUUUCAUUUGGUUUGGGUCAUUCACCAAGCCGUUCUCUGGUCAAAGGCCUUGCUCGAGCAACAAACGGACGUUUUGUUUUUAUUCCACCCAACAGUAGUGUCGACAUUUAUGUUGGUGAACAAUUACAAAAAGCUCUUCAAUCUUGUAUAACAAACAUAGAAGUGAAAUGGAAUUUAGGUACGAAUGUUAUGAGUGCACCCACAAAAAUGCCACCGGUCUAUGUUAAUGAUCGUCUGAUUGCCUAUGCACUUGCCAGUGAUCCAAUGUUUGUCUUUGAUCACAAUCCUAGUGUCGAAUUAUUGACCGAUAAAAGUCGAUUGGGCAGAGCAAAUGUUGAUACAAUACCGAAUGUCAGUGUCAAUGGUACCAUUGCUCGACUUGCUGCUAAAGCACUCAUUCUAGAAUUGCAACAUUCGAAAUUACCUUCAUCGGUCAAGCAAAACAUUUCAGGUUCGCUACAAAGUCGGUUUCAAGAAGAUCGUCCAUCAUCAACACCAGCAACGACGAUCGAUGAGAAAGAAAUCAUAAAGAAACGCAUUAUUGAGCUUUCACUCAAGUAUCAAAUUCUGAGUCCCUACACCGCUUUUAUCGGUGUCGAAAAACGAAUGAAUGCCAGCAAUGUUGAUAUGGUCUUACGCGAAAUACCAAUUCAAAUAUCGGCUGAUGACGAACACUUACAAGUAUCCCAGGUCAUGAAUUUUCCUGCCUGUAUGAUGCCAUCACCUCCGAUGAUGAAUCGUUCAAUGCUAGCACCAAUGUCGAUGGCUUCGAUAAAACAAUCGACGCUAAACUGGGACAUGGAUUGUGCCAAUUUAAGAUCGAUGUCUCAAGUAGAUUUAUUGUUAAAUGAUCUCGUGUAUAAAGACUGCUUGGAAGCCGAAAUAGCAGAGUCUGAUGAUUUAAUCUCAUCAACUCACAGUUCUAAUUACCCUCCAAUCAGUUCAUACCAGCAGUCUUUGAUCGACCAAGACAAAAGUGAAGCAUGGCCUAUAGGAGAUCAAAAUAUUGUUCGCUACUUGAUCAACAAACAAAAAUUUGAUGGUUUAUGGGAUUUGAAUACAAAAAGUAUAGAACAAUUGACUGGAAAAUCAUUGACGAAUUUUCCAUCAUUCAACAAUCAGCUAAUUCUCAUUACGGCUAUUGUUGUUGUCGCACUUGAAACGCGUUUCGCCACAAUGUCGACAAUGUGGCAUGGUGUAGUGCAAAAAGCUCGCAAACGCCUUCUCGAUUUACUUGGCAAAGAUGCUAAACAACUUCAAUCGUUAUUGGAGAGUAUUCGUCAACAAUUUUGA